AUGGACCCAGGAGUCCGAGCUGGUGGCCGCCAGCUCCCUCCGGAGGUUCUGCCAGAGCCCGGGGACGCGGAGCAGGAGCAGGGCCACUACCUGCAGCAGCUCUUCGGGCUGUACGGGGAGCGCGGCACCUUGUCCCUCCAGGGCCUCACCCGCCUGCUGCGCAGCCUGGGCCUGGGCCACGUGCGCGUGGUGGAGAUGGAGCACGAGGCCCUGGGCCACGGGCACGUCCCGCACCUGGACAUCCUGGAGGUGCAGGACAACAAGCACCGGCACCGGCACUCGGCCCUGGAGCACGGGGCGGAGCCGCCCAGCCUGGGCCCCGGGCUGCGGGGAGAGAACGGCACCUCCAGGCCAGGAUCCCCUGGAAGGAACCAGCCAGAGACCGUCCGGCUGCUCCAGGCCGACCCGACGCCCAGGCCGCGAGCUGCCUCCGGGGGCACCCGCCCGGCCUUGGACACAGAAGAGCCCAACGCCACAGGGCACCCUGGGAGCAGAAGAGACCCUGUCCAGGCCCCCCCCGGACCCCCCCGCCUGACCCUGCUGGAGAGGGUGCUGGCCCUGGACCACUCCGUCGCGGACCAUCUGCACGAGGAUUGUCUCAACGUGACGCAGCUGCUGGUGAACUUCGGGCUGAACGCCGGCUCCCAGAUCACGCCCCAGCAGUUCACGCUGCUGUGCCCGGCCCUGCUCUACCAGAUCGACAGCCGGGUCUGCAUCCGGCACCACGACCAGCUGACGCCGGAGCCCCUGGCGGGGCCGCUGUGGCCAGUUCUAGGCUGGGGCUUCCUGGCCAUCACGCUCAUCAGCCUGCCCUCGGCGCUGGCCCUGCUGCUGGUGCCCUUCCUCGGCCGCGACUUCGGCCGCCUUCUGCUGGCCUUCCUGGUGGCGCUGGCCGUGGGGACGCUGUGCGGGGACGCCCUGCUUCACCUCUGGCCACACGCCCAAGGGAGGCACCAGGAGACCCCGCAGGAGCAGCAGGACUCGGUGCUGAAGGGGCUGUCGGUCCUGGGGGGCGUUUACCUCUUGUUCCUCAUCGAACACCUCCUGGGCACGCUGAGGCACCGACGGCGCCAGGCGAGCCGCGCCGCGGGACGGAGCCCCGGGAGCCCCUCUCUGGAUGCAGACGGAAGCCGCGGCUUGACCCUGCAGGCGUCGGCUCCUUCCCCAGCCUGCGGCUGCUCUUUCGCAGGCGCAGAAGCCGAAUUGCAGCGUCUGACGGCCCCGGGGCCGCGCAGCGACAGCCCCGGCCUGGGAGAGGACGGGACGAGGCAGCCAGUGCCGAGCGCGGACGGACAGACGGAGGAGCUGAGCCACCACGGACACUCGCACGGCCCGGCAGCCGGCAGCGCCGACAUCGCCUGGAUGGUCAUCCUGGGGGACGGGAUACACAACCUGACGGACGGGCUGGCCAUCGGGGCUGCGUUUUCUGACGGCGUCUCCAGCGGCUUGAGCACCACGGUAGCCGUCUUCUGCCAUGAACUGCCCCACGAGCUCGGUGACCUGGCCAUGCUGCUGCAGGCUGGCCUGCCAGUUAAGAGGGUGCUUCUCUCCAACCUCACGUCGGCCUUCCUGGCGUAUCUGGGCAUGGCGGUGGGCGCGGUGGUCAGCCAGGGCGCCUCGCCCGUCACCCCCUGGAUCUUCUCCAUCACAGCGGGCAUCUUUCUCUACGUGGCACUGGUGGACAUGCUGCCCGAGAUGCUGCGGCGAAGCUCCGGCGGGAGCAGGAAGGGGCCCGUGACGUAUUUCGCUCUCCAGAACCUGGGUUUUCUCCUGGGAGCGGCCAUCAUGCUGUGCAUCGCCCUCUUCGAAGGGCAGAUGAGCUUCCGUGUGGAUCUGUAACGCGGGGGCGGCCACGCGGCCCGCCGAGCUCGGAGGUUACGGGCACCCCCUGCUUCCUUCGCAGAGAACUAGGACCCCUGGACUCUCUUCCUGCUGACGGCGGGUGCAGCCCCCCACUGUUUGCUCCACAUCCCCCGGGGCCAAGCGUGGGUCGUGACCUGGGGGGGCCGGGCCUGACUGGUGCGGAAGAGGGGCAGCGUUUUGCUGUUCAGUACACGGAGGAGAGCGUGUGGCCAGCACAAUCCCCUACCCACCCUUUCCAAAAGACACCUUCCAUGAGGACGCUGCCAUUCAGAUUCUCAGCGUUUGCCCGACGUUUUGGUACAUCGCGGGCACGAGGCCAGGCUGAAAACAGCCCAGCGGCCCUCAAGCCACCUGGCCCUCAAGUGACCCGAGCGAAUCUCGGCGUUUCGGAGGGAAACGCAGCCGAUCUGUGGGCGAUUUUGGGGCGGGUACAGGAGACGAAGGGGGCAGAACGGAGCAUUUCGGAGGCGGGAGAAGCGCCGGAGUCUGAUGGGAGCGUGCGUCCAUUGCCGGGAGGAUACGUUCAGCUGGGGAGCGGACACGGGAACUCACCGUCACCACCGUCCGGAGACUAGCGGCAGGGCUCCUCCCUCCUUCCACUGCACCGCCCGGGAUGGAGUCUCCAAAAUCUGCUGGGCAGCUAACGGUUUAACCAAACGGAACAAAAAGAAUC